AAGGGGCGUGCAAGGAUGGGAGCUGUCGGGAUUGCAAGUGUGGUUUCUCUGUGGGCUGUGUGGGGUCGUGGGGUCACGGGGGGCUGUGGGGCGACGCGUGUGCCAGGGGCGUGCAAGGCGUGCAAGGCGCGUGCCCCGGGGCCGGGGGUCGGGGGGGGGCAGCUGUUCCUGUUCCAGCUGCUGCGGGGUUUGGCCUUUUGUCACCGCCACAAAGUGCUGCACCGGGACCUGAAACCCCAAAACCUCCUCCUGAGUCGGCGAGGGGAGCUGAAGCUGGCCGACUUCGGCCUGGCUCGCGCCAAGUCCAUCCCCAGCAAGACGUUCUCCAGCGAGGUGGUGACGCUGUGGUACCGCCCGCCCGACAUCCUGCUCGGCUCCACCGACUACUCCACGCACAUCGACAUGUGGUGAGCGCAGCGCAGCGCCCCCAGGGCACGACGGGGCA